GUACUAAAUAGAUUAUCAAAUCAAAUCAUAAUUUCAUGAAAGCUAAUUUAAACUCGAAACCCCUAAAUAUAGCUCCUAGAAGGUUCCGUUCCGCAGUUUAGAGGUUAAACAGUGUUCACUCCAUAAUCGAUUGCUUCUCACUCCGCCCUUGGAUUUUCAGGGUUUCAACUUCGAACUCUUGAAAAUCUGCUACAUUGCUAGGGCUAUUCUGAGAAGCCAACGAUGCCUCGGUACUACUGUGACUACUGCGAUACCUAUUUGACUCACGAUUCUCCAUCUGUUAGGAAGCAGCAUAACUCUGGUUACAAACACAAGGCAAAUGUGAGGAACUACUACCAGCAGUUUGAAGAGCAGCAAACGCAAAGUUUAAUUGAUCAGAGGAUCAAAGAGCAUCUCGGGCAAGCUGCUGCGUUUCAGCAGGUUGGGGUGGCUUAUAAUCAUCUAAUGGUUCCGAGGCCGGGUGGUCCUCCUUUAUUGCCAAUGCCGCAGCCAAGAUUUCCUAUGCCUGGAAAUGUGCAAAUGCCUGGAGGUCAACCACUAAUGCCGGGGAUGAGACCUCUGAUGCCCUUGCCUAGACCUGUUCCUGGUGCACCAGGAUAUGUUCCUGCACCUGGUGGGCCGCCAGUGCUACCUCCACCUGGUGCUCCCCAGGUACCAGGUCAACUAAAUGCCAUACCGAGGCCCCCUUCAUUCGCACCCCCGACAACAGCUCCUGGAAGCACUGCCGCUCCCGCUUCCAAUGGUGCUCCCUCUAUGGUAUCAUCAGCAAUGUAUCAACCUAAUCCAUCAGCACCAUCAUCUGGAGGCUAUGAUAACUACAAUGCCAAUGCUCAAGCACCUGAUGGCAAUCACUGACCUGGUCAAACUGUUUUCUGCAUAAUUAUAUCUCUACCAGAGUCAUAUGACCAGAACUAUUUCUGCACUCGCUGUCAGCUGUUGAUCAAAUGAGGAUUCUCACAAGCAAUUAUGUACUUGGAUUGUUGGUAUGGCAUGUCAAACAGCUUUAAUGCGGGAAUUUUUUUUCAGAGUUACCUUCUUCAUCCUGGAUGAAAUAUUUGUAUGGGAGUUCCAAUUGCAUAGAAAUUUUCUGAUAUGGCUUGUUGAUAGUUUUCAUUCUCCAAUUAGGCAAUUACUUUAUUUUGUUAAUCUAAGCUUUAUUUGGGAUAGAUUUAGUUGCCAUUACGAGUUUGCGAAAGAAUUAUUAUCAAGUUAGGGUCUGAAUCCUAAAAGAAUUGCUGCCUCAA